AGGUGUCACAUUUAUAGCAUCUGACUCAGACACGAAUGAUAAACAAGAUGAACAAAUACAGGAAGCAGAUGGCAGAGCAGUUCCUGAGUCAGGCCCUGGGUAUCAUCUGCCUGCUGACCGGAGAGGAAUAUGCCAUUGUGAAGAAGAGACCCCCCCACAGCAGCAUUCAUAGGCUGAGCGGAGAGGUGCCUAUAAAGUGUGAUGACGUUGCCGUGUAUUUCUCUAUGGAGGAGUGGGAUUAUAUAGAGGGACACAAGGAGCUUUACAAGGACGUCAUGAUGGAGACUCAGCAAGCACUAAGGACUGUGGAGAUCCCAGGAAACAAAAUCUCAGCAGGUGACAGUGAUGACAAUCGAGACACAGCAGCACAAGAAGAACUUGUAAAUAACGUUCAGCCACUGAAGACCUCAUCGGACGUCGCUGGAGCCAAAGGACCAAUCGGCACUGCCAAGCCUAAAUCUCCGCAAACAGCCACAGCCAAGUCACGGUCUAGCUGCACCCCCGAUGAGCUGGCGAUAUGCACCACAAGGCAGCACACAUUCAGGACAAAUAAUGGACCCAGCUGCACCCCCGAUGAGCUGACGAUAUGCACCACAAGGCAGCACACAUGCAGGACAAAUAAUGGACCCAGCUGCUCCUACAUACAAAAGCCAAUGAGUGAUAGUGAUGCUGACGUAGCUGAUCAGACAGAAGAUUCAAGUGUAACUAGUCAGCUGGAAGCUGCGGAGCAGGAAAUGAGUGACAGCAGCAGUGCAGGUGAAUAUGAUGCUGUGAUUUCAUGUAACUUGGAACAAGCAGAAGAACAGUGGCUAAGAAAUAUGCCUGAAGUGUCAGAGCAGGAAAUAUGUAAAAGUGUUCGCAUUGGUGACAAUUAUGCUAUAAUUUCUAAUAACACAAGAGAUCAGUGGCUUAGAAAUGUUACUGAAGCUCCAGUGGAGGAAAUAUGUCACAAUAUUAGUACAGGUGAUGUUAAGACUGAAGUCAAACUUAAUGCUGAACAAACAAAUGAUCUGUAUGUAAUGAGUCGGCUGGGAGCUGUGAAGCAGGAAAUCAGUGACAAUAUUAAUACAGGUGAUUUUAAGACUGAAGUCACACUUAAUGCUGAACAAACAGAUGAUCUGUAUUUAAGUCAGCUGGGAGCUGUGAAGCAGGAAAUCAGUGAUGAUAUCAGUACAGAUGCAUUCACAAGCUGCAGUAAUUCUAGUCAUGGUCAGAGUUCUUACAGUCUUCAUCAAAAUAGUCACAUAGGAAAUGUAUGUCCUGAAUUUGGGGAAUGUUUCACCAGGAAAUCAAAUCUUAUUGGACAUCAGAAAAUGUAUACAGGAGAGAGACCGUUUUCUUGUUCUGAAUGUGGGAAAUGUUUUACUCAGAAAUGUAAUCUUAUUAUGCACCAGAAAAUUCAUACAGGAGAGAAGGUAUUUUCAUGUCCCUUAUGUGGGAAAUGUUUUCUCAAGAAGUCCGACCUUGACAGACAUCUUAAGAUUCAUACAGGAGAAAAAGCCUUUUCGUGUCCUCUGUGUGGGAAAUGUUUUACUCAGAAAUCGCACGUUACUGAUCAUCUGAAAACUCAUACAGGAGAAAAGGCAUUUUCAUGUCCUGAAUGUGGGAAAUGUUUUGCCCGGAAAUCAGAUGUGAUUAGACACCAGAAAACUCAUGCAGGGGAGAAAUCAUUUAUAUGUUCUGUAUGUGGAAAAUGUUUUGCUUGGAAAUCAACUCUUAAGACGCAUCUGAAGAUUCAUACACGAAUGUGAAAAGUCAUACGGGAGAAAAGGCAUUUUUAUUCGUAUAUGUAUGUAUCAAGUAUUCUGUGAAAUCGCAUAUUACUGAACGUCUGAAAAUUUAAACAGGAGAAAAAAGAAUUUCCAUGUUCGGUAUGUUUGAAAUGUUUUACUCAGAAAGCACAUCUUAGAUAUCUGAAAAUUAAAGUGAUGGUAAACCUCCGCUAAUGGAAUGCCACCUCUGUAAUCUUUUCCAUUAAAAAGUAUAUGUGUACUUUUUCUAUUAUUUAAAUCUAAAGGGUUAAAUCCGAGCCUAUAGUAAUGCUUCUAUUACAGUGUUAUGCUGGCCCACUGGGAUUAAUUUUUUUAAUGAAAAUUCUAAUGAAUAUCCAAUCAGUGUGCGUGUCGUAUGACAUUCUCGAAGUCAAGCUUUUUGAAAGCCUUUAAGAAGCCUAUGUAGAGUGUGGGUGAGACUGCUCUAUAUGUCAUAGCCCAGACAAAAGAGGAAAUAAAGGUUGAUGGAGGAAGAGAAGGUACCAUGUAAGAUUAUAAAUUUUGUUUUUUAAAAUAUAUAUAUACUUUAAAAAAAAAAUUAUUAUGUGGUUUUGUUUGUACACUGAUACAUUUGUCACUGCAACAUUCUUAAAGUCUGACAGUUACCAUCACUUUAAUUCAGAAGAAAAACAUUUCUCUUGUUAAGUGUAGUCA